AUGGAAGAUGCCAGGGCAGAAGAUGAUGUGCCCAGACCCCCAGCCGGUCCGCCACCUCCUGCAGAUGCCAGAGCAGAAGAUGAUGUGCCUAGACCCCCAGCCUUUCCGCCACCUUCUGCAAGGCAGCGAGACAAUGUGAAUCAUGCUCCUCCCCCUGUAGAAGAUCGCUAUGAGUUCACCUUUGUGGGCGCAGAAUCUACUUACGGAGCUUUGACCCAGGUGGACACGAUGAGCUUCUCUGGAACGGAGUGGUUCGUUUGCAACAAGACUCAGAACGAGAGGUUUCGCUUUGUAUGGGCUGACUCGAACCUGGAUGCAGGGCCAGAAAGGGAGGAGGCUUGCUUCAACAUCUUGUACUUCAAGCACGCGCAUGUUGACGAAUAUGCAGUUGUGAAGAACAUCCGCUCGAUUCAGGUGAAUGCUUCGUUCAACAAGCCCUCUAUGUCACCUACAGGGAAUUGCUUCUUGAAUUUUCAAUUGCUGCUGAACCAGCCCAAUGGGUGCACGGUGAUUCUGUCAACUGAAAAGGGUGUUGAGUGGCAAGGGAGGACCAAGCUAGGAGCCCUGCUGGAUUCGGCAAUGUGCUGGGUCAGGUUCACGGGGUUGUGCACUAGGCAAGAGAUCGAGGAGGGCUACAAGCAUUGGGAGCUGGAUGGCUAUGCAAUGUUUUCAUGCAGGUCACUCACCAUUGCGAUGGUCAUGCCACCAGAGCCGCAGGAGGAGGCCCGACCAUCCUCCAUGAAGAGGAAGCGUCCU